AUGGAAUUGGAAAGAGCAGAGAAUGUACUUGUUAUCUCUCAUCAAGCUGUAGCUCGUUGUAUUCUUGCCUAUUUUCUCGAUAAAAAACCUGAACGUCUACCCUAUAUCAGAGUACCAUUGCAUACAGUGAUUAAAUUGACACCGACAGCUUAUGGUUGUAUUAUGGAAUCCAUACCAUUAUCAGUUGAAGCCGUAAACACUCAUCGAAGUAGGCCAACGAAUUGUAGUCCCAAUCGACCAGUUGCGGUAGCACUUAAUGAAUUUCAUGAACUACGUUCGGAAGCUAAUACAGGUCCAACGACAAUUCAGAUCAUUUACCACAACACUGGUACAGCUUUUGAAACGACUGAUGCCGAUGGGAAUCGAGUACAACGUAGAGACAGUAUCUUUGGUGAUGUUACACUGAAUAAUAGUUUCUUGCCACCAUACGAUAGUAUUAUUCAACAAUCAUCACCACCUAAUUGA